GUCUCAGGUCCUCAGUCAAUCUAUGCGGCUAACGUCACAUCUUUCUGUGCUAAAACCAGCCCUCCUGCCUACAAAAGAAACAUCACACCAAUAAAUACAUUUAGCGUUCAGGGAGGAAAUCUCAGGAUGAUGGGGGUUCAAACUGUCUCUAGAGGCCACACACACAAUGUCAUACAACAGCAAUCGAAAAACUCACCAAUAAAAUCGAUUAGCACUUCAAAUCUGACAGGAUUAUUCCACAAGCCUGAAUACCAGGGCACAGGAGCUCUUCCAAAAAGAACCAAGAGCGAAUCCAUCACCGUCAGCACAACAGUGGACAGAAAGGGCAGUCCUGUGGAGCAUAAAGUCCAUACUAAACAUUGUGAGCUGCAGAACUCAUCCAUUGUCAGUACUGAGAUUAGCCAAGUUUUAGAAGAAGGGGCUGGUGGCAAAGCUUCUAAACAGAAGAUAAGUACUGCACAAGAACACACAACAUUGGCAACACCAGAAGAUCUUACUUCUAAACAAAUAACCACAGGAACUGGUUUGCAGGCUGAUCAAACAACGACCCACGUUGAAACAGAGGUCCCCAAAAACGUUUCUUGUGUAGAACCAGAAGUAAAGCAAGAACAGCUUUUGGCAUCAACUGAUCCCAGUAAAGGAUUUGAUACAGAGCUAAAAAAAGAGCCAGAAUUUACAAAGGUCCUGUCUUUAAGUUUGGAGAUUCAAGCAGAAGCUCAAGAAAAUGCGGGGACAGUUGCAGAUACAGCAUUGUUUGCUUCUGGAUCUCACAUUCUUACUUCUGAGGAGGAUCAGGGUAAGGUCUCUUGUGAAGUAGCUGAUAUUACUGCUUCUAAACUGGAGAUUAAUACUCCACAAGGAAACACCACAUUAGUUCUUGACACACACUCUGCAAAGAGUGCUGCUGUUCAAGGAAAUAGAGAACCUUUUACCAAUAAACAAACUACCGCAGUUGGUUUGCAGGCUGAUAAAACAGGGACACACGUUCAAACAAAGGUCCCAAAAGACAUUAGUUGCGCAGAACAAGAAGCAAAGCAAGAACCACAUUCAGCAACAACCGAUCCCAGCAAAGAGGCCACUGCAGAUGUAAAGAAAGAACCAGAAUCUAUGACCUUGGCUCCCAAAGAUUGCACUGACCAGGGCCCUGCCAAAGUUGUGUCUUUGAGUUUGGAGACUCAAACAGAAGCUGAUGGGGAUGAAGGGGAUGUUGUCGUUACAGCAUCCAUUAUUUCUCUACCUCACAUGCAUGGGUCUGAGGAGGGUCAGGGUGAGAUAAUCCUGAUCGAGGACAUGGAUGUAGAAACAGAAGAAAAGAAUGAAGAAGAAGGAGUAAAAGAAGAAGGUACACUCUCCAAUACCGAAAGAAGAAAAGUAAUGGAAGAAGCAGAUACACAGUCCAGUAAUGCAACUGCUUCAUCUGUUGGCCAAGACAGAAAUUACAACCUUGAAAGUAAAUCUCCAAGUAGAGAGAUUUCAAAGGACCUUGAAUUAGAAGAUAACGUUUUGGUGGGUUUCCAUGAUACCCUUGAGGACAAAAUGGACCCUACUGAGUCGGACAACGAGAUCAUUAAUAUAACAGACCAAGGAGCAGUGUUGAGUAUCACAAAGUCAAGAAAGUCGAUUUUAAAUCUAACAGAUUCUGAUGUGGCGUUGUGUUUAUCUGACCAUGAGGAGCUUCAGAGUCCAACAAAGCCAUUUGCAUGCUUGAGUCCAGAAACAUGUCUAAGCCCAGAUGAGACAGAGGUGUUAAUGAGCAUUACAGAUGAAGUAUUUUGCCCAGUUGAUCCAGAAGGGGAUGUUAAAAGUUCUGAUUCUCUUAUGAGUACAAAUCAUCCAGACAUAUGUUUGAGUCCAGUUAAGGUUGAGGUGUGUCUGAGUCCAAAUGGUGAAGAAAAAGACGAAGAAGUCUGUCUGAAUCUAACUGAGGCGAUUGCACAUGUGAGACCAGUAGAGAAAUACGUUCAGUCGACAAAAGAGGAAGGCCAGUCUCUGUCCGUUAGUAGCGAUCACACUUUGCCAGGAGAGGACAGAAAUAUAAAAGCCAGCGUUACAGUCAGAGAUGGGGACAGUUUGUGUUUUGGAUCAUUUCAAAACAGUGGAGGCGUGGAGUUUGGAGGUCCAGGUGGUCGUCGUAUCAUUGCAGACAAAGAGGGACAACUUGGCUUUGGAGACCUAUAUCGUAAAAGUGUAAGAGAUGUGAAAAAUCCCAUAGAGAGUUUCAAAGAUACAAUUUGCAUUGCAGAUAACAAAGAUGUUCCGAAUCUAAAGAAAGGAGGCAUGUGUGGCUCUGUAGGCCAGAAAGAGAUUGCCAGUGUGGAUGGUAAAGUGAGGGGACAGAAAAACAAUGAUUGGCAGGUUGCCAAGGAGACAAGUAACAGUGAACAAGUGUUUGUAAGGUCAGCUAGCUUUGUAAGUCUCCCUGCCAAUGAAGGAUCUUCCUUUAGCGAUUUGACGAGUAAUUCAGGAGGUAGUAUUAUGUCUAGUAGUUUUGUUGGCACAGCUGCAAAUUCAUCAGGUAGGGUCAGUGGUAAAGCAGAAGCUGUCAUUACAACUGGGGUAGAGGGAACUUUCAGGCAGGGAAGUGGAGACUGGAGGGUUUAUGGCCGAAGUCUGGGAUGCACAAGUACAACUUUCCCCAGUAAAGGGAUUGAAGAAAGCCUGUCAGGCAACACGCUCCCUGUAGCAAGCCGAACAGAAAAAGGGCGGUUCGGCAGUAGAGGAACUGGGGAGCGGGUAGUUUAUGGUGGCAGUCUUGGACGAAAGAGCAGCCUUGAUGGUGGCCUUUGCUCAGUUGCCUCAAACCCUGCAACAAGUGCACCAGAAAAAAGAAGAUUUGGCAAUAGAGGGAAUGGAGAAUGGAUGGUUAAUGGAGGGAGUCUUGGACGUGAAAGCAGCUUGCCCAGAUCAGGGAGUGAACAAAUUCCGUCUGUGGGAAUGAUCCCUGCAACAAGUCCACCAAACACAGGAAGGUUUGGAAUUGGAGGGAGUCGAGAUUGGAUGGUUUCCAGGGGCAGUCUAAAACGCAGUUAUAGUGUACCCAUUCCACAGAGCAGGGACAGCCAGUCAACUGCCAUGCACAUUCCAACAAGUCCUACAGGAACAGGGGGAUUUGGUCUCAGAGGGAGUGGAGAGUGGAGAGUCUAUGGUCAGAGUUCUGGACGUAUGAGCAGCAAUACCUUACCCAACGCAGACAGCGUAGAAAGAACUUCUAUGGCAGUGCGACAAGCAACAAGCCCACCAAGAGUGCAGAGGUUUGGCAGUGGAGAUAGUGGAGAGUGGAAAGUUUAUGGUGGGAGUAGUGGACGUUUGAGUAGUGCCAGUAAUGCAGACAGGGUCAGUGUCAAUGCGAAUGUUGGCAAAGUCGUCAGUCCGCCUAGCAUCUACACAAGUACUGGACGAAGGCUCAGCAGCACUGGUAGUGGUGGCAGGCUCAGCAGCACUGGUAGUGGUGGCAGGCUCAGCAGCACUGGUAGUGGUGGCAGGCUCAGCAGUACUGGUAGUGGUGGCAGGCUCAGCUCGGGUAGUGUUGUUAGGCACAGUAGCAGCGUAGGUAGUGGUGGUAGUUUAAGUCACUUAGGAAGUGGAAGCAGACUAAGCAGCUCGCCCGGGAGCCACAGGAUCAGCAGCUCUGGGAGAUUCGCCAGCACUGGCAGCGGCGAAUCAACGCCAGUUUACAGCUCAGCAAGUGAACGGAGGAGCACAGUGGGGAUUGUAGGGCGAUCAGGCGGAGGGGGGACAACCAACAGCCAACAAGCCCCUAGCCCCGGGUGGCUGAGCAGUUCACCAGCUGGCAGGAGAGGCAUGGGAAGUCCUGGGACCUCAUCUAAAAACAGCAGUGGAGGUAGCAGCGACCAUAUUAGCAGCCGAACCGAUGUAAGGAUAAGCGGCUCCCCUGGGUCGGGGGGUACUAAAUGCACAGGGGGGAGGGUAAUCAGCAGCAGCAUCCGGCCAAUCAGGAGCACUGGCAGCGGAGCCGGAGGCAACAAGGAAAGAAUCAGUGUGUGUAAGAUGGCGGCGCUGUCAAUCUCUGCAGCAGGAAGGGAGAGAAUUCAGGAAAAACAAAGACAAGCUCAACAAAAACAACAACAACAGGCUUCAGGUGCCUCUCCCCUCGUGCAGCUCUGGCUGACCACAGGUGCCGGGGUUACAGGUGGCAAAGCUGACGACAUCUUGUGAAUGCACCACUAAAGAGAAGCAGUGUCACAUCAUGUACAGUUAUAUGUGGUAGUUAUGAUGUGGUAUUAUGUGGUAUAUUAGUUCAGUGGUUAACAAGAUACUUUGGAGGAAAGGAAGAUAAACAAAACACUUUUUUCGACUUUUCUCCAAGCUUAUCUGCUUUAGUGAAAUAUUUAGUAUUAAUCUGUAGAAUAACUCAACAUUAAAUGGAAAUAUUUAAGUAAUUCACAAGUAUCUCUAAAUUGGAUGGAAAUCUUUCAACUAAUUCCACCACUGAAUAAUACUGUCUUACAUUUCCACAUAGGAGUAGUUUAAAAUCUGGAGCGGGUUUAAUCAAACUUAAUAAAGAUUAUAUUCGAAUAACAACCAUUGUGUAGUUUAAAGGUCCCAUGUCAUGGCCAUUUCUACUGAUCAUAAUUCCAUUGUUGAGGUCUACUAAAAUACAUUUAUAUUGAGCAAUUUUCCAAACUCACAUUGGUUUCUCAUACUCUGUAUAGUAUGUGUAUUCACUCUUUGUCCUAAAUGGCUUGUUGGAGCUCCUUACUUGCUACAGGGUGUACUUUGAGGGUUUGUUACUCUGCAGACCGUUUACAUGCAUACAAAGCUACAUAACACACAAGGGGACGGGUAAUAACCAGAAAGCAUGACAUGGGACCUUUAAAGUUUUAUCGAUCUUUUUUAAUUGACUUUAAGAGACUUUUAAUCAUAAUCAUCACUUUAUCUAUUCUCAAUUUUUACGUUUUCAAUUGUGUGGUGUUUCACAGAUAUUUAUAUCAGUUUCUGAGUCUUUGUGUUGCAUUCAUCUUCACAAUAUAAUCAAUAUUCAGCCUCACUUGUCAUGUUGAUUCUUACUUUUUUUAAAAGAUUGUACCUGG